AGCCAUUUUGGCUCAAGUUGUCAUUGCGGGGCCUUCGAAUUAUACAGCACACCGCAGUCAUCCACUAAGUUGGAACUGCCACGCUUUGAAUGAUGGCGCCAGACACAGUGCAACAAAACGGCGUUCCUGGCGUGGAUGGUAACGGAGGGGUGACCUCUGUAACUGCCAGUCCAGGAGGAACACCGCCUCCCGAGCGAGAGUUAGGUGGUCUCUCGCUGCCCAUGCGUUACGGCGAUGUGCAGCGUCCGUCAUCGAUCACUAUGCUCAAAGUCUUGGUGUCGAAGACCUUUUUCAUCUCGCUGAAGCGAUUCCGCAUCCCUAGCCUGCUCAUAGUCAGCCUCGUCUACAUGGCGGUACAGAUUGUUCUAUGGGAGCUCAUGGACGACUCUGUCGAAGAAAUCGUCCUUGCACUGGUCUUCCGCGCAGUCGGACCAGUAUUGCUGGUAUUCUCUCAGGCAUCCAUUUUGAGUGGCCUCGUCAAUGAAAUCGUUUCUGAAAAGGAGACGAAGAUGAAGAUUGUACAGCUUACAAAUGGCGUCCCAGCAUGGAUCUAUUGGACCUCCUACGUGAUCUACUACAUGGUCCUUGCAAGCGUCCUCGCCGCAGCUUGGACAGUUGUCCUGUGCCUAACAUCGAUGAAGGGUGCAAACCCGUUUUUGGUUUUCUUGGAAGUUGAACUCUCGUACGUACAGACUUUCGGUACAGCUGUCAUUUUCUCAACCUUCUUCGACAAGUUGCAGAGCGCGUCGUCUUCUGUCCAAGUGACCAUGUAUGUGAUGUAUAUCCCCAUUGGCGUCUCGUACGUCCCGAACUUACCUUAUCUGGUGCACUACUUGACGGGAUUUGUCCCAGGCUUUGCACUGAUCUGGUGGAUGCAGUCUGUGACGACACAAGGAAUUGUGGCUCCGGGUAGGGAGUGGAAUUGGGGUGAGAAUUUCGCGCUCGAGCUCACGCACUCGCAGCUGGGCGCUGUGUCCUUGGAAAGUUUUGCGGUGCCGCCCGCGGGACAUCUAUGGGUCCUCUCAUUUCUGCAGGUGGGGCUCUGGCUUGCUUUCGCAUACUGGUUCGACCAGGUGUGGCAAGGCGAGUACGGCAGUGCGAAGCCGCUGACCUUCUGCUUCCAGCCCCGAUACCUCUGCCCGCGCCGCGCCCCCGAAGUUUGCGGCGAAGGAGGUCGUGGCGUCAAUUCGACGUGCCCCCUGCUGAUCAAGAACAUGACCAAGACCUUCACGAGGGGGAAGACGACCCACACGGCCGUUGACGACAUGUCGUUGGACGUGCGCUCGGCUGAAUUGUUUGCGCUGCUCGGGCACAACGGAGCUGGGAAGACCACAGUCAUCAAUUGCAUCACGGGGAUGACCCCCAUCACCUCUGGGGAGGCCAUUGUGAUGGGCCACUCCAGCAUUACCGACAUCGAUCGUUGUCGCUGGAACCUCGCCAUCUGCCCGCAGGACAACCCCAUGUACGACGAGUACACAGUGGCGCAGCACUUGCGGUUCUUUGCCGCGCUGCGCGGCUCCAGCGACCCGGAGAGUGAGGCCUCGCAGAUACUCGCGCUGCUGGGCCUGCAGGAGAAGCUCCAGGAGCAGUGCAGGAAGCUCAGCGGAGGCCAGAAGCGGCGCCUGUGGGUGGCCACCUCGCUCCUAGGCGCGGCCCCCGUGGUCUUCCUGGACGAGCCGACCAGCGGCAUGGACCCGGCUUCGCGCAGGCAGCUGUGGAACCUUCUGCUGGACAUGAAGAGCCGAGAGCGCUCCAUCCUGUUCACCACGCACUAUCUCGAGGAGGCGGACGUGCUGGCGGAUCGCAAGGCCGUUCUGGCCAAGGGCCGGGUGAGGGCCGCAGGGACCUCCAUGGAGCUGAAGCGCCAGUUCGGGGUCGGCUACCACUUGAGGGUGCUCCUGCAGACGAGCGCGCCCCCGUCUUGCGCCGACAGGGUUCGCGAGCUCGUCAGGCAGACGGUGCGGAGCUCGGCGCCGCGGCCGGUGCCGGAGGAGGAGCGCGCGCAGUCGCGAGGUGCGCUGGCGGUGCUCGAGUUCGACCUGCCGUACGCCGAGAUGGACUCCUUCGGGCCUCUGCUCAAGGCCCUCGAGGGCGGCCGAGGGGCGCUCGGCAUCGACGACAUCGACAUCGCGAUGACCAGCCUGGAGGAGGUGUUCAUGGCCCUGGGGAGGGAGGCGGCGAGGGAGGGAGAGGCGGGCGGCCGCCUGCCCGAGGGCUCGGGGGCCACGGCCGAGGGUGGCGGCCUCGAGUUCCAGGGCCUGGAGGCCGAGCCCGCCGUCCCCGAUGUUCUGGAGAGGCCCCCGUUCUGGGGGCAGGUGGGGCUGCUGUUCCAUCUGAGGGUGGAGCUGGUCAGGGCGCACAGGAGGAUGGCGUUCUGGAGCGUCGUCUACCCGCUGGUGUUCCUUGCCUACAUGUACGUGUCCACCGCGAGCUGGGGCUCGAACUGGGGCUACUCGAUGAGCUCGGGGUUCAGCUUCGCACCCGGCAUGUGCACUGCGUUCGCAGGCAUGCCCGUGGUGUUCAUGCUCGUGCACGAGCGGGAGUCCAAGGUGCGCCACGCCAUGAUCUCGCAGGGGAUGCAUCCGACUGCAUACUGGGCAGGUACCCUCCUCCAGGUGGGCGGCCAGGUGCUGCUCGUGUCGCUGGCCGUGCCCAUCCUCGCCCACGCAUUCUCCCAAGAUUUCAUGCGCCAAGGGCUCGGUGUCUUCGUUUGGUUGGCAGCUUUGCUCCAGCCGGCGCCGCUGCUUUUGGCCUACUGCCACUACUCUCGCCUGUUCACCAACGCAGAGGUGGCCACGAAGACGCUGCCACUGUUCGUGAUCCUCACGUCCUUAUUCCACCUGGCGCCCUGGGCGAUCUGGAGGAUGGCCCCAACAGACGAGGGCAACUGGGACACGAUCGGCGGGCUCGUCCACACCGGAGUCUCGUUCGUGAGCCCCUCCUACCUCCUGACCGGCGUGGUCACGGCCGCCUGGCGCGCUGGAGGGGCGGCUGAGAACGCGCACAGCGUGCGGUACCCGACGCAGGCAGGCGCUGAUUCUGGCACGUGGCUGGGCGACUGGAUCAUCUGGGCUCCCUUCGUUGGCCAGCUGGCGCUCUCGCUCCUUCUCGGGUACGAGCUCCGCCGUGCCUCCACCAGGCCAAGAGCCUUCGCCGUCGCCAGGGUCGAGGACGAGGACCCGCUGGUCCACGCGGACGACGACGUGGUCGUCGAGGCCGCGCGGGCCGAGGCGGCCGCCCCCGCGGAGCAGGCCUGCCUCUACAGGGGCCUCGGGCACCGCUUCCGCGGCCGCCGCGGCGAGCCGGUCCGGGCGGUCCGGGGGAUCUCCCUCGCCAUCGACAGCGGCGAGUGCUUCGGCCUGCUCGGGCCCAACGGCGCGGGGAAGACGACGACGCUCGGCUGCCUCACGGGCGAGAUCCGGCCCCCGACCAGCGGCGAGGUCUUCGUGGCGGGGCACGCGGUGGCGGGCGCGGGGGUCUUCGAGGCCUACAGGAGCCUCGGGUUCUGCCCCCAGGUGGACCCCAUCAUCCCUGGCCUCAGCGGGCGCCAGCACCUCGCGCUGUACGCGCGCCUGAAGGGCGUCCCCGCGGCCCAGGCCAGCGCGGAGGUCGAGAGGAUCCUGGGGCGCCUGGGCUUCGAGGAGGCCGACCGCGGUAAGGACGCGUCGAAGUACAGCGGCGGCAUGAAGCGGAAGCUGUCCCUCGCGCAGGCGCUGAUCGGCAGCAGCGCCGUGCUGUUCCUCGACGAGCCGUCCGCCGCGGUGGACGCGGGGGCGAAGCGCCUCCUCUGGAAGGUGAUCAAGCUCCGCCGACGCAGCCAGACGGUGGUCAUCACCACUCACUCGAUGGAGGAGGCGGAGGCUGUCUGCGACCGCAUCGGCAUCCAAGUCAAGGGGCGGCUGCGCUGCCUGGGCUCGCCAGACCACCUGAAGGCCAAGCACGGCUCCGGCUACAGGCUCGAGGUCAUCCUGGAGGCCCCCGGGGGGCGGGCACCGGUGACCGCCAGCGAGCGGAAGGUCACGGAGUUCGUGUGCUCCGAGCUCUCCCCCGAAGGCCGGCUGCUCGAGGCGCACGGACUGCGGCUUCUGUAUCGGCUGCCGCUCCUGAGGGAGGGCGGCCUCACCCUCGGAGACGUCUUCACGAAGCUGCAGUCGGCCCGCAGCGCCCUCCUCAUCCAGGACUAUUCCAUCGCGCGGUCUAGCCUGGAGCAGGUGUUCCUGAAGUUUGCGCAGGAGCAAGAGGAUGGUGAGUCUUACUGGUGAGUGCCACCCCGCGAUCGGGUGCGUUUGUGAGUUGGAGGGGGAGGCCUCCCCUGCCUCCGCCAAAGUGAUCAUACCCCGUGAUCACGGUGCGCGUGCCGCUCGCUCCUUGUGCCAAGAAUCCGUCCGUGCGGUGCUCGGCACGCGUGCAAACAUACACUCGAACAAACAGUCAG